CCCACCCUGAUAUUCUUUCUGCUUGCUCUGUCUAACAGUGGCAAGCUGGUCUCUCCCAAGUGGAAGAACUUCAAAGGCCUCAAGUUGCUAUGCCGGGACAAGAUCCGGCUGAACAACGCCAUCUGGAGAGCCUGGUACAUUCAGUAUGUGCAACGGAGGAAGAGCCCAGUGUGUGGUUUCGUGACCCCUCUGCAGGGGUCUGAAGCUGAUGAGCACCGGAAACCUGAGGCUGUCGUCCUGGAGGGUAAUUACUGGAAGCGGCGCAUCGAGGUGGUGAUGCGCGAAUACCACAAGUGGAGAAUCUACUACAAAAAGCGGCUCCGUAAGUCCAGCAGGGAAGGGGAUUUCCUGGCUCCCAAGCAGACCCCACCAUCUCCCCCAGGGCAAUCCUAUCUGUCUCUACUUCAGCUUCCCCUGAGUGUGACAGGAACUGUUUCACAGUCUCUUGUAGAAGCCUUCCACCUCUCCUGGUCCCUAUCCAACCUCUCCAGUGUGGGAACUGUGUCUAUGGCCUCUUCUGAGUUCUUAAUAUCAUUUGCUGUCCUCUGUGUCCCAAUUACAGAUUUCUUCACCAAUUACCGCCCCCCUCAGACGCCCACAUCUUCAAACUACCUGGAGUCCCCCAGCUUUGGCCCCAUGGCUGACUCCCUCUUCAGCAGUGGGAUCCUGGCCCCAGAGAUGCCAUCUCCAGCCUCAUCUUCCUCCUCCUCAGGCAUGACCCCUCACUCAGGGAAUACACGCCUACAGGCUCGGAACAGCUGCUCUGGACCCUUGGAUCCCAACCCCUUUCUGAGCUCUGAAUUCCUUCUUCCUGAAGACCCUAAGACCAAGAUCCCACCUGCUCCUGGACCGACCCCUCUCCUUCCAUUCCCCACCCCUGUCAAGGUGCAUGGCUUAGAGCCCUGCACCCCCUCUCCCUUCCCCACAAUGGCUCCGCCCCCCUCUUUGUUGCCAGAAGAAUCUCUCCUCUCUGCCAGGUUCCCAUUCACCUCGGUCCCUCCUGCUCCAGGAGUGUCUACGCUUCCUGCACCCACAACCUUUGUCCCCACCCCACAGCCCGGCCCUGGUCCCGCCCCCUUCCCUGUAGACCAUCUGCCCCAUGGGUACCUGGAACCCGUCUUUGGGCCUCACUUCACUGUGCCUCAGGGAAUACAACCCAGGUGCAAGCCCUCCUCCCCAUCCCCUGGGGGACAAAAAGCCAAUCCACCCACCUUGGCCUCUGCCACCACCAGUCCCACUGCCACUGCCACUGCCAGAGACAACAACCCCUGUCUUACACAGCUGCUCAGGGCAGCCAAGCCUGAGCAAGCACUGGAGCCUCCGACUAUGCCCAGUACCCUCCUCCGGCCUCCAGAGUCCCCGCAGGAUACAGUCUCUGAAAUCCCCCGUGCCCGUGCCUUUUUCCCCCCAAUCCCGGCCCCUACACCACCCCGGCCACCUCCAGGCCCAGCCACAUUGGCUCCUCCCAGGUCCCUGGUUGUCCCCAAAGCAGAGCGGCUCUCGCCUCCAGCCUCCAGCGGCAGUGAGCGGCGACUAUCAGGGGAUCUCAACUCCAUACAACCCCCGGGGGCACUGAGUGUCCACCUGUCUCCCCCUCAAACUGUCCUAAGCCGGGGUCGUGUAGACAACAACAAGAUGGAGAACCGACGUAUCACACACAUCUCCGCGGAGCAGAAGAGGCGGUUCAAUAUUAAGCUAGGAUUCGACACCCUGCACGGACUUGUCAGCACGCUCAGUGCCCAGCCCAGCCUCAAGGUGAGCAAAGCAACCACGCUUCAGAAGACAGCGGAGUACAUCCUGAUGCUGCAGCAGGAACGGGCAGCCAUGCAGGAGGANGCGCAGCAGCUGCGGGAUGAAAUAGAGGAGCUCAACGCUGCCAUCAACUUGUGCCAGCAGCAGCUACCGGCCACCGGGGUGCCCAUCACACAUCAGCGNUUUGACCAGAUGCGGGACAUGUUUGAUGACUAUGUCCGGACGCGCACGCUGCACAACUGGAAGUUCUGGGUAUUCAGCAUCCUCAUCCGACCUUUAUUUGAAUCCUUCAAUGGGAUGGUGUCUACCGCCAGCUUGCACAGCCUCCGCCAGACCUCACUGGCCUGGCUGGAACAGUACUGUUCCCUACCUGCUCUCCGGCCAACUGUCCUGAAUUCCCUUCGCCAGCUCAGCACUUCCACAAGUAUCCUGACUGACCCCAGCCUCGUGCCUGAGCAAGCCACACGGGCGGUCACUGAGGGCACCCCGAGGAGACCAUUAUAGUCCUGGUGAAGGUUUCCAAGCUCCAGGAACAACUUGUGGACAUGCUUCUAAAAAUCNUGGCUGGCCNUUUCCCUGCAGAUCUGGAAGGUUCCAAGUGUUGUACUCACCACCUCCUUGGGGAUGGAAAAGAACCUAGCUCCAUUCCUGCAUUGUUGCUAAUGCUAUGAUCCCUGGUGACUCAUAUCCCAUCUUUGGACCUCCCUUUAAUAACAGAGGGCCCCAAAUGCAUUAGCGGCUGCAGCGCUGGGGACCUAAGCAGGAGCUCUGAUGAGAGAUGUAGGUCUGUUUCCUCACAACUUCCUGCUUUGGAUAAAGGGUACCACCUUUUGUUCCUGAGCAGGGAGGUAGAGCAGGAGAUCUCCUCUCUUUGCCUUUGCACUAGUGACAUGGGGAGCUACAGGGUGGCUUCCUGGCUGAGGCCACUGGGGUCUGAUGCCAGGAGAGAUCAGGGCAAGGGCUAGCCAGAGCAUGGCAGGCAUCUUGCAUGAAUGUAGAUGUGUGUGUGCGUAUGUGGAUUUUAUAAAAAAGAAAAUGUUCUUGAUCAAUAAAAGCAAAAACUGUCUGCAAGGGUUGGUGUUGGUGUGACUGGCAAUGUGUCUCAGUAUGGGACUCAGAGCUGCCAGCAGUGAAAGGUGACAUAGAAGACCGAUUCUGUGGGUUAUAAACAANCUUUGAGUACUUUU